CAGGAAGUGGCAGCGGCAGCAGAAAGAUGAGAAGAGAGGAGUUGGAGCUGGGAGUCAGAGGAUCAGUUUAUGGACGGGAUUUCUGUUUUGGGCAGGAUGGAAAGCCAUACAGAUGUGAGAUUGGAUACUGCUGCGGAGACAUGGAGUGCUGCACGUACUACUACGAAUUAUGGUGGUUCUGGUUAGCCUGGACACUAAUCAUCAUGAUUGGAUGUUGCUGUGCAUAUCGUCAUCGCCGUGUGAAGCUGAGGCAUCAGCAGGAACAAAGGCAGCGAGAGAUCAGCCUCAUGGCCUAUCAGGGAGUUGCACCAUUUCCAGCUGCCUUAGAGACUUGGCCAAGCUGCAAACUGCCUUCUUACAGUGAGGUCACCCAGGAGCCGCCAACACCUCCACCACCUUAUUGUGAGAUUUUGGAUGAAGACUUAAUCCGCCGAGAAUGUCUACCACUGCCAGGAACUACACCUGAAAAUGUAGACCCUUCUCGUCCCAGUCAGGCAGAUCUUCAAAGUGAAGCCCAGGGACCUACAACAGACCACUUUGUGCUGAGUGAUGAAGAUAUGGAAGAAAGCAGAGUCACAGCUGUUGAAAGGAGACGUCAUGUUACAGGGGAUUCUGGAAUAGUACUUUGUGAGCAGGAUGAGAAGGUUGCCUGUCAAAAUGGGAAGGAAGGGAAAGACGAGGACAAAGAGGGGCAUGUCUGUACAGAGACCACUAGAUCCGUGUGAAAGGAAAAGGAUGAGGAAGAUGGGGCCUCUGUAUAGAAAUUUGGCGUGUUUGAUUGUGACUCUCUCUCUGUGUCCUGUGUGAAUUUUCCCAGGAUAUGGAUUCUCAAGGGCUGUUACUUCGGGGCUAAGCAGUGAUCUUGCCGUACCUGAUAACCCCUGUGUUUUUUGGCACUAUACUUGCACUGAUGACAUCGUCUCUCAAAGCUUUUGCACCUUUUUAUUUUUUAUUAUUAUUAUGUAUUAGAUUCUGCAAAGAAACUGUCUUGUUUUUCAUUUUGUAAAGCAGUCAUAUUUUGUUAUAGAAAUUAGGGCUCUGACAACAGGACCUCUGGCACCAACAAGAUGGGGUCCUCGGCUUAUCAAAACAUUUGCUUUUGACGGGAGAAUGUUCGUAAACAAAUCAGCGGAAUACUUCUCUACAUCUUAAUUGUCAAAAAAGAGCAAUCUUUUUAAGGGAUCAGAAUGCACAAGAACUAUAUAGUUUUGAAUAAAAAAAAACAAAACAAAACAAAAAAAAACUAAACCCAAUGUUUGUGUUUGAAGAGGGGGUGUGCUUGCGUUGAAUUUACUCACAUUUUAACACUGCAGUAAGAUGUACAUGGUCCUACAGACCUAUACAUAAAAUCACACUUCAUUGUUAAAGGGGAACCGUCCCUUCUCUUGGAAUUACACCAUGGAAUAAAACAUUGAAAAGCACCUAGAA